AGCGACUAUCCUACAGACAGCAGGUGAUCGUCCAUGAAACUAAACAUGCUCAUUCUCUUCACUCUCCUCAUUGCCUUGCCCAAGUCAUCUCCCACCAAUCUAGACCCAUUUAAAUAUGCCUGCAAACCUGGUAGUCCUGAGGAAUGCAAGAAAGCCUCCUUUGUGCCCGGUCACACAUUACUGGGACAAGGCCUAGACAUUGUGACCAUGAAGAAGACUGGCGCCUUUCUCCUUGACAUGCAGAUAUAUCAAAUGGCCAACAAAACAUGCACCUUGUGUGAGAACCCAUACAAUAAAAAAAUCUUGGAGAAACUGCCAAUAUCCAUGGUGGACUGGACACCUCAGGCCGCUUGCACCAGAAACAUUGAAAGUAGCUUAAUGAAUUCCAAGGUGUCUUUGGCUAACAAAGAAGCUUCUAAUGUUCAGAAUGACUGGAAAGUGGGUUUAGAUAUACCAAUCAAAACUGUGACAGUGCAUACAGCCCUGGCUGGGUCUCACUCAAAGUUGGCUGAGUUUGCCCAGAGCAAAACCAUUACUGACCAAUACAGCUUCCUCUCCCACGAGCUCAGCUGUGCCUUCUACAGAUUCCGUCUAUCUUUCGAGCCCCCACUCACCGAGGAUUUUACUAAGUCCCUGCAGCAACUCCCUAACAACUAUAAGUAUAACAAGGAAGAGUACAGGAAGCUGAUAGCUAAGUAUGGAACCCAUUACAUUGUGCAGGCCAUGGUAGGAGGCAAAGUCUCCGAGGUGACUGCUCUCAGGACCUGCCAAGUGGCCAUGGAAGGCAUGACAUUGGAUGCAGUGAAGGACUGUCUAGGUGUUGAGGCAAAGAUCUCAGCAGGUUUCCCAAUAAUCAGCCCUUCCAUCAGCAGUGAAUUCAGAAGAUGCAAAGAAAUUGCAAAAACCUCCAAGCGUGGAGACAACUUUCAUUCAACCUUCAAUGAAAGGAUCUGGGAGGUGAAGGGAGGAAAAGUCACUUUUGAUCUUCUUAACACUGAGGGAGGAAAGGGGUCUCGGGAAUUUGAAGAAUGGAUGAAGAGCCUUAAAACUGAUCCAGAUGUGCUGACUUAUUCUGUAGAGCCCAUACACGAACUAGUGAGAGUCAAUGGGCCUAAAAAAGAAAAUCUCAGAAUUGCAGUUAGUGAGUAUAUUAAGGAAAAUGCCCUCACUAAGAAGUGCUUCUGCCCAAGAUAUUCCCCCCCAAGUCAGGGACCUGACUGCUCCUGCACUUGCCCUUUAACCAAAUACAUGAAUUCAGACUGCUGCCCGACAAACCAAGGAAUGGCCAAAGUUUCACUGAAAAUCCAAAGAGCACAAUGGUUGCCUGGUGAAUUCCUUUCAGCAGCAGAUGGCUAUGCCAUAUUCAUGUACGAUGGCAAAGAGGUCCGGACACCUACAGUCUGGAACAAUAACAACCCCAUUUGGAAUAGUGAGUUUGAGUUUGAUCUUGUUCAACUCAGUCAAUCAAAAAUGUAUACCAUAGAGGUGUGGGAUAGGAAUAUAAUAUUUUCUGAUAGAUUCCUUGGGAGAUGUAACAAGUUACUGAAAUCAGGUAUUUUAGAAGAUACGUGUUACCUCGGCCACGGAAGUAUCACCUAUACAAUUACAGCAAAUUGUGUUCCUCAUCUUCAGGGGCUUUACUGUCAAGAUUAUAGCCCUGUGCCACCUAAACAAAAUCCAUAGCCUUCAUUUGAAUCCCCGUCCACAAAUUAACUGCAUGCUAUUUAAGUUUAAGGGGGCACUAAUUUAGUAUAUUAUAGAUAAUAGAAAAUCUCAUAAGACCAGGAA